AGAAGGGUCACGCCCGCGCGAGUCCUCUCCCUACCUCGAGCGCCUCGCGCAUUCCGAUCGAUGCUGACGCGAACAACGUCACACAGUCGUGUUUACAUACGUUGUGCUACCUCGUCUCCCGCGCAAAAAACCCAACGCGACGAUUGAGGUUAAGAAACGCUACCUCCUCAGCCGAGAAUCACCGGGAACGUUCUGUCGUGGUGUCACGGAUGUGCGCGAAACCGCGCUGGUCAUGGCAGCAAUAGAGGUUGCAUUCCCGUCGGACGGGCCGCCCGGCAAAAUACUAAAAUGGAGAGUACGCUCGGACACAAUGGUCGCGGCGGGCCGAGUGUUGUUGAUAUACCGCAAUGCGACGCCGGACAUCGAGGAUCCCGUGGAGCCUGAGAAGAAGCUGCGGGCCACGAGAUUCGGCCGUGUCAAGCAACUUCUGGUCAAGGAGGGCGACGUCGUUCAACCUGGGCAAGUGAUAAUCUUAUUGGAAGGAUGCACGCAUCCUACUGUGAUGAUAGACCUGUGUGCGGAAUGUGGGGCGGAUCUAAGGGUACAACAAGCCGGGAAGGACGGGAAGGUAGCUGAAGUGUCACAGGCCAGUGUGCCUAUGGUGCAUAGCAUACCGGAGUUGAAAGUGUGUCCGGAAUUAGCGGAGAAGAUCGGGAAGAAGGACGAGCAGCGUCUCCUGAAGGAUCGGAAAUUAGUGCUACUCGUGGACCUCGAUCAAACGAUAGUUCACACGACGAACGAUCAUAUUCCGCCUAAUUUGAAAGACGUUCACCAUUUUCAGCUAUAUGGGCCGAAUUCCCCUUGGUAUCACACCAGAUUAAGACCGAAUACCCGGCACUUCCUCUCGGAAAUGAGCCACUUAUACGAAUUGCAUAUCUGCAGCUUUGGAGCAAGGAUCUAUGCGCAUACUAUCGCGUCGCUGUUAGACAAAGAUGGGAUCCUGUUCUCGCAUAGGAUACUCUCGAGGGACGAGUGCUUUGAUUCAGCAUCGAAGACUGCGAAUCUCAAAGCAUUGUUUCCUUGCGGCGACGACUUAGUAUGUAUUAUAGACGACAGGGAGGACGUGUGGCAAGGUUGCGGCAAUCUGGUCCAGGUGAAGCCCUAUCAUUUUUUCCGUCACACAGGUGACAUCAACGCACCGCCGGGAUUAGACAAGGUUGACGCGUGGCGCAUUCCCGAGCCGGAAAAUACGAAUGCAAAUGAGACGUCUGCAGACUCACAGAACAAGGAGAGCAAGAGCGAUGUGUCGAAGUCGUUGAGCGAGUCGUUAUCGUCGGACGACGCCUCGACGAAAGAGGCGAAACCCGAAACAGAUGAGAACUGUGAUAGGCCGGAAGAAGCGAACAACGGAGAUACCAAAGUCGACGUCGAAGAGGAAGAAACAGAUUCCAAGGCGCAAUGUGUCGUUGCCGACGAGGCACAGCCCGGUGAUGUGAGUGAGGCGCAAUCCGCCGCGGAAGAUGAAGCGCAGCUCACGAAUAAGGACGAUACGACGGAUAAGGGAGAAACCGUAUCACCCGAGCAGGCGGAGAAGAACAGCAAACAGGAGACGUCGAAGAGCAACGAGAACAACGUGAUAGACGAGGAUGACGAUGAUUACCUGUUGUACCUGGAGGAUAUCCUUCGUAGGAUUCACACGGAAUUUUAUUGCACCCUGGACAAGGGCAACGGCCGGAGAUCCUUGCGAGACAUAAUUCCGCGAGUGCGCUCCCAAGUGCUGAAAGGACUCUGCUUGACUUUCAGCGGCUUGAUACCCACUCAUCAGAAGCUGCACCAAAGCCGCGCGUACAAAGUCGCGAGAGCGUUCGGAGCGGAAGUGACUCAGGAUCUGACGGCGAAGAGCACGCACUUGGUCGCGAUUAGAAAAGGCACGGCGAAGGCGAACACGGCCAAGAAAAACGUGAACAUAAAAGUCGUGAAUCCGGAGUGGUUGUGGACGUGCGCGGAACGAUGGGAGCACGUCGACGAGCGUCUGUUCCCCGUCACAUCGCAGGCUCGUGGAUCGAGAGUACCACCGCCACACUGCAGUAGUCCCGAAAGCGUCGAAGAGGUAGAGAGCAAUAAUAGUGCGGCGAACUCCUUCGCCAACACGAUCAAUCCAUUGAUGUCUUUUACUCAAGAGGAGAUCGAGUUUAUGGAUAAGGAGGUGGAAGAGGACAUGUUAGAGCAAGACACAAUUUUCGAUGCGGAAGAGGAAGAGGGAGAAGAAGGUGAAGAAGAAGAAGAAGACAUGGACGACGCAGAUGAAUGUGGCACGAGGAUACGUCGUCGCAGUUUUGACUCUGAAGAUUCCAUGAACGACGAAUGGAUGUCGGAGAAAAAGAGGCAGAAGAUCAAGAACGGAAAUUCUGAUGAGAGUUCCUCCGAGGAUAGAGAUGGCAAUCGCAACAUUCACGAUGAUGAUGAUGAUGAUGAUGACGACGACGACGACGACGAUGAUGAUCCCGUGACGCGUUUCAGAAGGGGAGGAGAUUUACCGGACGAUUUGGAUCUAGGAGAUAAUUCACAGGACUCGAUAGACGACUUCGAAGGUGGAGAUAAUGAGGAUGAUCGAGAAUGGAACGCAUUGGGCGCUGCGCUCGAGAGAGAAUUUCUCGCCGAGUGAUAUGCUUGAGAAAAGUGAGAGAAAUGCAUCGACGUAUACACACGUCGUCGGAUUAUUGGACUGACUAAGAAUGUCUUGCAUCACUGAUAAAUUUCAAGUUCGAUAACUGAACGGGAAGAUAUUAUUGAUGAUGUUAAAUUAUUUAUGCACUCUGAUACAGUCAGAGAGAAGUGUUAUAUGAAGGCAUUGAAUGCGUUUGCUGCCAUCUGCUAAGAGUGGAUCGAAAUGGGCAACGGGAGGAAUAUGUAAAAUUGGAAAAAAAAUUCUUUCUAUAUCGAACCAUUGCUCUGUAUUAAACUUGCGGAUUUUGUACUAGCAAACGAAGUCGCUCUUUCGAUUACUUUACGAAAGAGUCAUUUGUGGAUAGCAAUACGAAUACGCGGUGAACAUUAAAUUUUCCCAUGCAAAGGAGUCACAUUGAGCACCAGUUUUAUCAUAUUAUUAAAGAAUGAAACUUAUUUUCUCUAAUGUUUGUAGAGCCGCCAUCUGUAAUGUUGAUAAUUAUAAGUCAUUUUUGUAUGGAAAGAUACUAUACAUAAAGGAUGUAUUAUGAAAUUGGAAAAUAAAAAUAUACAAAAGAAGUGUAAUGUGAAGAAAAG